AUGUUGUUGGUUGACUUCGUCAAGCAUACGCUCAUCAACAAAUCUACAACGGAAAUAAAAGAUAUAUUCUCUCUUACAAUCAAUAAAACGCCGAUUAUGGCUACGUCAGUAUCGCGAAUCAAUAGUCCAUGCCUCGUUUGCGGUGAUAAAUCAAUUGGUUUUAAUUUCGGUGUGUUAACUUGCAUGGCGUGUAAAGCGUUCUUUAGACGAAAUGCAGUUAAACUUGGCAACUACGAUUUUACAUGUCCAAAUGAUGGUGAUUGUCCUAUAAAUCAUGUGUAUCGGCGGAUAUGCAACUGCUGCCGAUUAGCCAAAUGUUUCCAUGUUGGAAUGAGAAAAGAAUUAAUUCUUUCGGAAGCUGAAAAGCAAUUUCGAAAGGAACGAGCUGCACAACAUCGCCAAAAACGAGAGAAAACACAAGCACCAAAGAAAUCAGAUAUGGCGCAAACAGUAGCUAUACCGGAAAAACGUUCGGCGCAUCGAAAUUAUUUACGUAUUCACACGUCUGAUCAAGCCAAUAUUCAAAACAUCUACAAUGCAUUCGAGUCGACAUGUAUUGCGCCCCGACAAUCGCAGUACCCUGAGUUUCCAUGCGUUGUGCAUACGAACUUGUGUACAUUUUUAAAUGAAUACUCGAAAUCACACAAAGUUUUAAUCGAAUACUUCAAACGUUUACCUGAAUUUGAUUCCCUGCGUCUUCGUGACAAGAUCUAUUUGGUACGGAAUCAUUUCGGAAAUGUUAACAAUAUUUACGAAGCCAUCAUUCAUCCUGGUGUAUCAGCAAAUUUAGCUGUAUCGUUUAUAAACAUUUUCGGUAUCAGUUUAGCUAACCGGCUUUUACAAUCCAUUGAACGAAUACAAGAAUUUUCAUAUGAUCCUGUGAUAUUAAAACUUUUCCUUACUGUGACUGCCUUUUCAAGUGGAAACCUUCGCAACCGGUGUGAUCUCAUUUUCGAUUACGAUCCUGACACAUCGCUAUCGAUAUUUGCCGCUCAGAGUGUAUAUAUUGAACUUCUAUGGAAAUAUAUUAUGUCACGUUCAUCAACGACAGCCGAUGCAGUAAGAUAUUUCAAUAGAUUGGUUCAAUUUGCCUUGUAUUUAUUAAAUGUACAUUUGAUGGUCGAUGGUUAUAUCACUAAUAUGACCGAGGAGAUCGAGCAAAUGGAACCACUCAUGAAAAGCAUGUGGCCAAGUGCAAAAAACACGAAUGUUUAUUAG